CCCGACCACGAUGGCAUGUGGUCGGUUGGAUCCGCCACCCACUUCUGGUCACCUGCAUCCCUUUGGCACUGGGAUGGCGCAUUCGGGGUGCCACGUGGUCACCUAGCAAGUGGGCCCAUCCUGGGGCAGCCACAGAGCAGGGACUUGGGGCCUGAGUGGCCAUAUGGCCUCGCUCGAGGAAAGCCUGUGCCCUUGAAGUCAUGUGGUACCCCAGUUCCCACUUGAGUCCACGCAGCGUGAGCCCCUUGGGGAAGCACAUUUUCUUCUGACUCAGCCCAUCUGGCUGACCCAGAGGCUGAAGGUGCUGGAGGCGGGCUAGACCAGGGACAGUCGGAAGACCAAUGCCUGGCCUUCCUCGGUGACCCCCAGACAUGCCAGCCUGCUGCCACUCUGCUACUCAGCACAGUGGCUGGCGUCGGGCUCUCCCUCUCCUGGGCAUCGCGGCCACAGGGGAGCACACGAUAGGAUAGGAGCCCCAUCUCUGUUCGCUCUGCCUCACCAGCAGCGUGCGGUGGGGUGCCCAGAGCCCAGCAGGGACCACAGAAGUCCCAACCCGUGCAUGCUAUAAACCAGAUGGGGCAGAGUUGAGGCCCUGGCCCAGCAUGGAGGGAGGCUGGGUUGCAGGCUCUGGAGACUGGGCCAGGGUUGCGGGAGGGCAGGGACCACGGCCUUGGGCGAUGUUCAUGGGCAGGUGCUAGGGGCAGAGGCUCCUUCGUCCUGGGUCACUUCGUGGAGCACGUGGGCCGGUGCAGCUGCACCGUCCCAGGGGCCCACCCGUGCAGGGCGCCCAGCCUGGGGAUGGUGCCACUCAGAGUCAGCUCCCCUCCAAACCUGGGGUGCCCUGUUGGGGUUCCAGGCAGAUCCCUAGCCGUCUAUCACUUCACGUGCCCCCACUCGGAGCAUGGUGCCCCCCCCCCCCCCAGGGUCGGAGACGCUCACACCUGCCCACCAGAUGCAGGAAGGAGCCCAGACACGGAGUCUGGGCUUGCCCAGGCGGGGAGGAGACACAGGGGUCCCAGAGCCAUGCCUCACUUCUUUCCUUCCUGCUGCCCUGAACGGAGGCUGGAGCAGACUAGGUGCCAUGAGCUUCUGCCUGGAAACGUCCAUACACAGAAGGAUUCAGAUGAGAAAAAAAGGCACAGGGUGAUUCCUGAGCAGAAGCCAGGCCCCGGGUGUCGCCCUCUGGGGUGAGGGCUCGGCGGAGGGGGCAGCCUCUCACGUCUGAGGGGUGACGGGGACACGCUGGAAGUGGUGUGGGGUCCCAGGUCCCGCUCCAGGAGAGAGUUCUCCUGCACGGUUGGCUCUUGGUACCUGGGAAGACCCAGCCAAGCCUAACAACCGGGGUCAUCGGCCCCCCAUCCAUCUCCCACCAUCAAGAUGAGUGCCUGAGAAAUGGGGGUACACCCAGGAGCCACGGGGCACGGGGGACAGCUCCCCAACCCCAUGGGCGCACAGCCAGCCCUGAUCCAGAGACUAGCCCCGAGGGGCACCCAGUAACCUGAAACCCCAAAGACUCGAGGUUCCAGAUGCCUCCUUUGGCACCCUAAAACUGCGUGGGCCUCUGGCCAGAGUCCGAAGGCCCCACAGCCCGAGCCAGGACCUGGCAGGAAGUUAUGGGGCUGUGGUUUCAGCCAGCCCACUUGGGCUCCUUUCCACCAGGAUGGGGAGUGUCUGCCCCAGGGAGCAAACUCACUCAAGACUCUCCCGUUUGUCUCUGGGGCUGGAGUGCAGGCUGCGCAGGCAAGCGGCAGCUUCACAGGACCUCCCGCAGGCUCACCCCCAUGCGCGCGCACACCGUGCUCCCUGGCAGCUGUCACUCGGGCCGGAUGCCCGCUGGGCACGCUGUGGCGCUCCUGGCCCUGACCUGGAGCACUUACCGGAGCCUGGCCAUCCCCCAGAUUGCAGAAUGUGGCCUCUCCUGUUCUCAGGGCUUCGCCUGCAAGAACCGAGUGAACCGGAACAUUCUUAGCAGCUUCUGCCGGCAGUCCCCUUCGUCCAUGUCCAGGUCCAUCCUGGAGGCCCUGACGCUCUCCACUGCCAUGAGGUGUGCCCCCCACGACGGUUGCUCCCUGCUCCUGCGUGUGCAGGCCUCCCUCACGCUGCACGAGAGCCUGCGGGGCCUGGAGGCCUGCUCCAUGAGCCUCGACACCCAGGAGACCCAGUGUCAGAGCGUGCGGGUCUCAAGGGCCUCCCGCCGACUACAUGUGGGGCAGCAGCUCCAGGUGCACUUUGAAUGCUUCAAAGUAAGCGUGGCCCAGAGCCUCUACGUCACCCUGAGGACAGUGCCCCACUUCUGUGGGGUCCGGCUGGACCAACAAUACCAUGUGGAAGACUGCAGAGACCAAGACGUGGGGAGGAACCUGCCCUUCUGCUUUGCCGGGAAGUUCUCCUACUGGGUAGACCGCGGCCGCAAGGUCAUUCUGGUACAGGUGCCCGAGGCUCCCGCGGACUCCGACUACUACGUGCGGCUCUGCCUCAAGUGGUUCACCUGUGAGGACGUGGGUGCCCCAGUGCGGGUGACGGUGAACAGGGUCUCCCGCGCCGUCUCUCUGCCCUACGGCCGAGAGCUGCCGUGCCUGUGCCUUGAGGGCUGGUCUGCGACCCCUGACGCAGUGCGGAUGCAGGCCUGUCCCUUCGAAAAUGACACAGAGGCACUGUGGGACGCCAUCCGCUACCACCCCGGAAGCCAGGCACUGAGCUGGGAGCCCGCCUGUCCCGUGAGCGGCCACGUGAGCCUGUGCUGGCGCCCGGAGCCAGGGGCCCUCUGCCACGAGCUGGAGCACUCCGGCCGGUCGGCACGGGGCAGGGUGCAGUACCCGCUGGUGGACACACAGCCCCAGCUCUGCCUGAAGGUCUCCACCAGCCGGGGCUUCUGGGUGAGGUGCCCUUUCGAACGACUAGGCUUCCCAGCCUGGAAGAUGACUGUCCGACCAGCCGCGUCUCAGGGCCGCCUCCGGGUCACCUUCUUCUCGCCCAGCGCUGCCAGCUUCAAGGUGCACCUGUGUCACCAAAGGAAGAUGUGGCCCCCUGCCUGCCACCCAGCGAUCCCCGCCACGCCUCUCCCUCCAGCUUCAGGUGGCUUCAUGGCUGACUCCGCGGUUGCCUUCGUGGACAUCCCCAGGGACGAGGCUUGUGUCCCCAGCACCUGCAUCCAGGGCUGGAGGACCGAUGUACGCUUCUCCACCCCCCAGCAGCUGUGUGAUCUUCAAUGCACCCCCAGAAGAGCUUUUCAGUCAAGUCUGGGCCCCCGUUCCUCAGCCAAGAUCCCCUCCAGCAGAUCACAGGCCAAAGGGGCGACGGUCACCCCUGAGGGCCCGUAUCUGGGGCGGGGCUCCACCGCCUGCCAGCCAGGUGACCUGGGUGCUGACCCCAGCCACUGCCAGAACCUCCAUGCCACACCGGCUGCCACCCAGGGGACAGCGGACUGAGGCCAGGAGCCUCACGGAGCACAAGCAGGUGCCCUGGCUGAAUGCUGGGGUGCAGAGGGCUCACAUCUGGGGCUCCGAACCUCUGGCAGCAAAAGCCAGGCCUCGGAACUUAGAAGUGGCUCGCCUGCACACGGGCUGUGGGGC